GCGGAGAAUAAUACGUUAUAUUAAUAAAUACCCUAAAUACUCUUAUAAAAAAGUAAUAUGAGACCUACAACUAGGUUGUAGUAAGUACUAUUUAUAGGGUUUUAAAAGAACAUAAUAUAAUAAAGUGGAGAGCUAAGAAAAGGCCUUUUAUUUCUAAAGAUAUUGCUAAGUUACGGUAUAAAAUGGCAAAGAAAUACCGGAAAAAAAAAGAGAAAGUAUUAGGAUAAAUUUGUCUUUGCAGACGAGUAUUAUGUUGAACAAGGUUCUAGAAAGAGACCGCAGUGGGUUUUUAGAAAACCUGGGAAAGAAAAGUACCGGAGAUAGAAUGUCUACUCGAAACCACUAGGAAAACAUCCUCGCUGCAUGAUGUGGGCUGGCUUUUUAGUCCGGUACGGUCUGACUAAUUACAUCCAUAUGGAGAGAGAUCCCGAGUCUAAGAAGAACGGAGUUAUAGCGAAAAGUUACUGCGACGUGCUAGACAAGAUGCUUGAGAGGUCGCUGGAUCUAGACAUGAGAUUCGUGCAUGAUAAUUCGUCGCUGCAUACGGCGAAUCUGACGAAGUAGUAGUUUGUUGACUACGCUAUUCGGCUGUUCGAGCUGCUACCGUACUCGCCGGAUCUCAACCCUCAGGAACACCUCUGGUUUCCGCUAAAAGAGCGACUCUUUUAGCUGCGACCCGACUUGGAACACAUGAAAGGUGGCCAGGACGUGAUUGAAGCUGAGCUGGCUGAGUGGCUUCCGAAAGCGUGGGACCGGCUUGACAACGUAAGUCUGAAGAAGCUGGCUCGCUCUAUGAGGGACCGGUAGCAGGCUGUGUACGAGGCGAAGGGAUACCAGACGAGAUUUUGAUGAGAAUUGAUCAGGCUGUUGAUUGCAGGUUGAAUUGAGUGACUGGCUGCAGCGUGCGUUGUUGAAUGUGAGAGGUUAUUGCGUUGU